AUGCGCAACGUCGCCAACUACACUGACUUUGCGGAUAUUGUCCUCAUCCGUCGCCUCAUCAGCAUCACUUACUUGAUUCCGCUGCCCGCGGACGCAGUCGUGACGCCCAUCACCUUUGUCGUGCCGAAACGAAGAGCUGACGCACUUCGAGGGUUCCUCCGAGAAUUUGACCUCCUGGAAUCGGGCACGCGCGAGCUUACGGGAGAAUGGGUAGUUGGCAACGAGGUGUGGAAGCGGCUGAAGUCUGAGCGUCGGGCGAAGUGGCACGCAGAGCUCAGGCGCCGGCAAGGACCGGGUCCUAGCCGGCUACGAGAUGACAUGAGUGACAGUGGCAGUUCUGCGGCACCGACUGUGCCGCUGUUACACGGACACCCGCAUCCGCCGCGACCAGGGCGUCGCUCGUACUCUGGGCCCCGCACGCAUUCGCGGGGGAACUCGCUGAACGGCACGAUCAGUGGGUUACCAGGCUCGUCGGCGGAUUCAACCCAACAAACGCCCCGACAAGGCGCCGCGACGCCCGAGCCGGAGAUGGAGGGCGAGAGUCCCGGCCGUCGUGAGCGUGUCAUCUACUACGUCCACGGCGGCGCGUACUACGUCGGCAACGCUGCUACGCACCGCCUCAUCACGAUCGGUGUCAGCCGCGCGUGUAACGCACGCGUGUUUGCCAUCACGUACCGCCUCGCGCCUGAGGCUGCCUUCCCUCUACCGCUCCUCGACGUUGUGCAGGGCUAUAUGCGCCUGCUGGCACCUCCGCUGUCGAUUCCGCCGGAGAACAUUGUCGUCGCGGGCGAUUCGGCGGGCGGCGGUCUCUCGCUCGCGCUCUGCAUGUACCUCCGCGACAAUGACUACCCGAUGCCCGCCGGACUUGUGCUACUCUCGCCGUGGGUCGACCUGACCAUGUCCUGUGGAUCCUGGGAGGAGAACGGCGACAGCGACGUGGUGCCGCUGCCCCCACUCGACAGUCAUCUGAACCCCGUCGGAUGCUACCUUGGCCCAGAUGGUGUUGGGGCGUACGUCACGCACCCGUACGCCUCGCCACUGUUCGGCGACCUGCGCGAUCUGCCGCCGAUGCUGAUCCAGAGCGGUGACUCGGAGGUGCUCCGUGACGAGAUCACGCUGCUCGCGCACAAGGCGACGCUUGCGGGCGUCAACGUCACGCACGAGCUAUACGAGGACAUGGUGCACGUGUUCCAGAUGUUCACGUGGCUGCCAGCAACGACGGCGAGCAUCAACAGCAUCGGACGAUGGGUACGCCAGACGCUGCCGCGCAUCGAGUGGGAGGCGCGCCAAAACGAGCUCCAUGACCUCGAGGAGGAGCCUCUCCACCCUCCGCUGCACCCGCACGACGCGCCGCACGAGCACGACGAGCACGAGGCGGGCCAGGCCAACCCGUACGAUGCCGAGGAAGACCCUUUCUUUGCCGCGUUCAACAGCGAGCGUCGUCUGCGCCGCUCUCACACUCAGCACCCCCUGCACGUGCGCAGCCCGACGUCACCCGGCCCACGAUCUCGUGCUGGCUCGCGCGCCGCGUCGCCCUCGACGCUUCGUCGCAGGCGCCAGACGGCGAGCAUGCACAUGUCCUCGCCCGUCUCGCCCGUCGAGAACCACCCGUUCAACGUAACCACGUCAGGCUUAGCCAGCGCGUUCAGUACGACAGGCUUCGACGCCCUGUCACCGACGCCGUCUGUUCGUCGCCGGCUCCGCGCCCCCAGCUCGCACCCGACGACACCCUCGACACGUGCCCGCAACCACUCGCACACCGACAUCUUCGAGCUCGUCGAGGGAUACAUGGAGGGCGGCGCUGCGAACGCGACAGUGGUGUAUGCGCCAGGAGGCGAGAUCCGGAGUGUCGGCGUGCUGGGCGACGAGAGUGACGAGGAGUAG